GAGCCGGGACCCUGGAGGCCCGCGUCUCUAAGGGCUCGGGUGGACACUCUCGCAGCCGGCGGCUAACGGAAACGGCCACCACCUCGGAGGGACGCGCCCCGGCGGGCCCGCAGGCAGAAUGCCUCCCACACAAGCAGAGAGUGUGAUAAAGAAUAUAAUUCGAGAAAUAGGACAAGAGUGUGCAGCUCAUGGCGAGACUGUUCCUGAAACUUUGGUGGCUUUUAUGGUGAAAGCUGUCGUCUUGGAUCCAAGUAAUGGUUUUAACAUCGAAAGAACCCUCCUAAAAAGUGAUGUGCAGAAACUUGUUAAGCUUUGUACAAUUCGGCUAUUGGAUACUAAAAAUCCCUCCCUGGACACCAUUAAAAUGCAGGUCUACUUUGAUAUGAAUUAUACAAAUCGAGAGGAAUUUCUUGAAGAGCAUCACCGGGUCUUGGAGUCCAGAUUGGUCUCUGUUACCAGAGAAAUUACAGAUAACAGAGCUAGCACCAGAGAAGAGCUAGGAAGUCUCUACCGAAAAAUCGUCAGCUAUGUGCUACUGCGCUCUGGGCUUGGAGCUCCUACAGAUAUCAAGAUUGUCAGAGAGGCAACAGCUGCUCUACAGAGUAUUUUUCCUCAGGCUGAACUUGUGACAUUUCUAACUCUUAUGAAGAAGGACAAAGAACGUCAGUUGAAAGAACUCACCAUGAUUGUAACUGGAAUUCGUUUAUUUAACCGAGACUGUGGGAAGGGAGGAGAAGGCAUUGAUGACUUGCCAGCUAUUCUGCAGGAAGCGAUUGAAGCCACGAUUCAGCAUAUUAAUGACCAGCUUCAGAGUGCCCAGGAGCAGGCUUACUGCUACACAGCCAUUCUUGAGAAAGUCGCAAAGAACCCCCUCUUGGGUGUAGAACUUAAGUCAUAUAUGUUGAAAGAAGCACUAUAUAAUAUACGACAGUAUGAGGUCUACUUAAAGAUCAUUCUGUCAGAUAUAAUUGCUUGUGGUGAUGAAUUGGAUAUGAUGGAAAAGCAGUUUGGAGCCCAGCUAGAACACUUAAAAUUGACAGUAAACUCAAAAACAGCUGUCCCAACUUCACAAGUCUUUCCCACCUUCAUUGCACUUUCAAAUCUGUGGACCUGCUUUCAGGAUGAAACGGUUUUGAUUAGUAUCCUCAGUAAUUUAACUACUCGCCUUGAGUCAUUUCUGGGCACUCAUGAUUUACUCUUUCCUGAGAAAUUUUUGCUAAAUCUUCUUGAUGGAGCUACAGUGAAAACUGAUAUAGAGAGACUGAAAGAACACAUGGAAGAGAGAGUCCAUUUGGCCGAUUUCAAAAAACAUGAAUGGCUUUUUCCAGAAACAACAGCAAAUUUUGAUAAACUUGUAAUUCAGUAUCGAGGAUUUUGUCCUUUCACAUUUGCUACAGAAGGUGGUCUUCUCCUUCCAGGAAAUCCAGCAAUUGGAAUUUUGAAAUAUAAAGAUAUGUAUUAUACUUUCAAUACCAAGGAGGCUGCAUAUUUGUUUUCAGAUAAUCCUGAAAUUUACAUUGAUGCAAUUAAAGAAAAGGCCAAAAAAAAUGCAGAAUUAAUUCAACUACUAGAACUUCAUCAACAGUUUGAAACUCUCAUUCCAUAUUCUCAAAUGAAAAUUGUUGAGAAACAGUAUAUAAAACCAAUUACAAAGGCUGAAAUUGGCACACAAACAGAUACACAUAUAUUGCCACCAACAAUUGUGAGAUCAUAUGAAUGGAAUGAAUGGGAAUUAAGAAGAAAAGCAAUAAAAUUGGCAAAUUUACGUCAGAAAGUUACUCAUUCUGUGCAAACUGAUUUUAGUCACAUGAGAAGAGAAAAUUAUUCCCAGGUAUACCCUCCGCGGGAUGCUAGCACGCAAAGUGCUAGGGAAAGCAGUACCCAAGUACCCAGGCCCCAGAUUUUCAUAGCUGGUCUCCGAGGAGGACAGGGAAAGCCGACCCAAGGAGUCAAGGUAAAUUUAACUAGACCGGUGGAUGAAACAUAGCUGGAGACUCUGUUAUAAAGAAAGAUAGCACAAUAAAUAAAUAAAUA